AUGCUCUUCCCCUCAGCUCUCCUUCUCGCGGCUCCUCUUGUCCUCGCCGCCCCGGCUGCACUCGAGGAGCGCCAAGCCCCCUGCCAGGACGUACACGUCUUCCUGGCUCGCGGCACCUCCGAGCCGUACCCAGGCCGCCAGGAGCUGACCGUCAACGCCAUCUGCAAGGGCAUUUCCAGCUGCGGCUUUGAGGACAUCCAGUACCCGGCUGCCUUCAACCCCACCUACUGUGCCUCUGUCGAUCAGGGCGUGUCCAACGGCAUCAGCCAGGUCACGGCCUACGCCAGCCGCUGCCCCAACUCCAAGUUGGUGCUGAGCGGCUACUCUCAGGGUGCCCACGUCGUCGGCGACAUCCUCGGUGGCGGUGGCGGCAGCUUCCAGGGCUGCACGCAGCGGACCGUGCAGGGCCUGAACCCGACCACGUCGCCUGGGAACAAGAUUAAGGCCGCCCUCCUCUGGGGCGACGUCCGCCACACGGCCAACCAGGCCUACAACACCAACACCGGCGCAUCCCGACCUGGCACUUGGCCUCGCUCUGGUAGCCAACUGACCUCGCUGAACCGCUUCUCCAGCGUCCUGCGCGCCAUCUGCGUCUCCACGGACCCCGUGUGUGCCGGAGGCCAGGACGGAAACUCGCACACCACCUACUUUAACUUGUUUUCGGAGGAUGCUGCUGCCUGGGUCAAGACCAAGCUCAACUAG